AUGGCCCUGAUUCUUUCCUCAGCACUAUCGACAAUCAUGGUUUCGUUGCGCGGCUCGGCCUUCACGGGCCGGAGUCAAGCAUGGAGCCCCAGAAGAGUUGCAGGGACCCUUGAUUCUGAUACACGCAUCGGGACAACACAACCCGAGCGACCCUCGGAGACCUCACCCUCCCUAUCGCCACAAUGGUCCGCCCUCAAGACCGCAAAGCCCUUCUCCGAGUUCCUCACCGACACCUUCAACCGCCAACAUGACUACCUUCGAAUUAGCGUGACCGAACGCUGCAACCUGCGCUGCCUCUACUGCAUGCCCGAGGAAGGCAUCCAACUCUCACCUCCCGCACGCCUCCUUACGUCCGCCGAGAUUGUCUACCUGUCGUCACUCUUUGUGUCGCAGGGUGUCACCAAGAUUCGUCUUACUGGUGGUGAACCGACAGUUCGCAAGGAUAUUGUCCCACUGAUGCACUCAAUCGGUGCGCUGCGUCGCAACGGACUGCGUGAGCUCUGCCUGACGACAAACGGCAUCUCGUUGCACCGCAAACUGGACGCUAUGGUGGAGGCUGGACUGACGGGGAUAAACCUGAGCCUGGACACGUUGGAUCCAUUUCAGUUCCAGAUCAUGACGAGGCGGAAGGGCUUCGAUGCAGUGAUGCGCAGCAUCGACCGCAUCCUGGAGAUCAACAAGGCCGGUGGUGGGAUCAAGUUGAAGAUCAACUGUGUGGUGAUGCGCGGGAUCAACGACCAGGAGAUCAUCCCGUUUAUCGAGAUGGGGCGAGAUAGUCCCAUCGAGGUGCGGUUUAUUGAGUAUAUGCCUUUCGAUGGGAACAAAUGGAAUCAGGACAAGAUGGUCUCGUAUCAGGAGAUGUUGACUGCAAUCCAGAAAAAGUAUCCGGCACUACAGAAAGUGACCGACCACAGGAAUAACACAAGCAAGACCUACCAGGUUCCAGGGUUCAAGGGUCAGAUUGGUUUCAUUACUAGCAUGACGCAUAACUUUUGUGGGACAUGUAACCGGCUGCGGAUUACGUGUGAUGGGAAUUUGAAAGUGUGUUUGUUUGGGAAUGCGGAAGUCUCGCUGCGGGAUAUUAUCCGGAGGGACAACACCAGGGAUCUGGUUGAGGGGAGCGCCACACAGGACUCCAAGUUAUUGGAGGCCGCGCAGACUGCGGCGCGGAUCUAUGACGAGGGCGGCCAACUCCCUCCUAGAGAACAGGAACUGCUCGAGGUUAUCGGGGUGGCCGUGAAGCGAAAGAAGGCCAAGCAUGCUGGCAUGAGCGAGCUGAAGAGCAUGAAGAACAGGCCGAUGAUACUUAUUGGUGGGUAG